AUGUGUCCAGCUCUAGUGUACCCACAACCUCCUUCGCCGCAGCAGCUUAGCGCCGAUGCUAGGGGGGCCCCCGGGCCCUCCCCUACAGUGCGUUUAUUACCGGAUGGGUCUGAGGGUGCAUGCAACCCUGGGGCCCCCUCAAGGGGGGCCCACAAGGCACCACCUGAGACCCAGGGGGCCCCCGGAGGGGCCCCUAUGGGGGGCCUCUGCUGGGACCAAAUGCUUACCUUCAUAUCACAGGUUGCUGCUGGGGAAGGUGCGUCUGCAGCAGCAGCAGCAACAGAUCGUCAGCAGCAGCAGCAGAAGCAGCAACAGAAGCAGCCAAAGCAGCAAGGCUGGGGCCCCACAGGAGCAGGGAAGCCCGCUGCUGGUGCUGCUGUUUCUGCUGCAGUGACCGAUGUGCAGCAGCUGCAACAAGGAGCUGCAGCUGCUGCGCUUCCUGCUGCUAGCAGGCGGCGCCGCAAACCUCAGCAGCAGCAGCAGCAGCAGCUACAGCAGCAGGAGGAGGACAGUCAACCCAAGAAGCGGCGAGGUCGACCUCCCAGGCUUCCGCAACAGCAGCAGCAGCAGCAGCAGCAGGCAUCAUGGGUUCCCCCUUGUUUACCAGCUGAUGAGGGGCCCCCCUCUUCCUUUGAGGGGCCCCCUCAUGAGGCUUCUGCUUUUCCUGGGGCCCCCCCUUCUACGAGUGCAUGGGGAAGCAGCAACAGCACCAGCAUUAGCAAGGUACAAAGUGUGGGCCCCCCUACCGGCAGCAGCAGCAGCAGCAGCAGGGCUGCGCAUACACCUGAGGAUAGAGAUGGUGUAUGUGAGGAUACACUGCAAGAAUUAGAGGACAGUCUUUGCUCCUUCUUAGAGAUAGAGGGGCCCCCGGAUGAACCCUUGGGGGCCCCCCAGCAGCAGCAGCAGCAGAAAUCUCCUGUACCUCUGUGCACCAAGUCAAAACAGCAGCUAACCAUGCAGCAGCAGCAGCAGCAGCAACUGCAGCAGCAUGUGGAGGUGCAGCAAGAACAGCAGCAGGAGCAACAGGGAGUUCCGUGGAUAGUUGAUCAAGGGGCCCCUUGCACUGCAGCAGCAGCAGCUCCGCAGAACCAGCAGAUAGAGGGGCCCCCCACUAAUGCUGCUGCUGCUGCGGAGCAGCAGCAGCAGGGGCCCCCCAAGGGGCCCCAUCUGGGUGUUUUAGAGGGCAGUAAGACCUUGUUGGAUCAACCUAGCAGCAGCAGCAGCAACAGCAACAUGAACAACAGCAGCAACAGCAGUAGCAGCAGCAAUAGCAGCACAUGCAGCAGCAGGAGUGCAUGCAAGGGUUGUGAUGCAUUAAGGCAGCAGCUGCUGCAGCAGCAGCUGCAGGGAUUUGAUUCAUGGGGGGAGGAGAACAGGAGACUAGUUGCUGCCUUAGAGAUAAAGCAGCAGGCGCUGCAGCAGCAGGAGCAGCAGAUAGGUAUGCUGCAGCAGCAAAUAUUAAUGCUGCAGCAGCAGCUGCAGCAAACAGAAGCAGAGGUGCAGCAGAGGGAGCAUCUCCUUGAACUAUCGCAGCAGCAGCAGCAAAGACUUAAGAACGAACUGCAGCAAGCAGCAGAAGCAGAAGAAGAGCAGCAGCAACUUGUUGCAUCUACGCUGCUGCUGCUGCAGCAGGAAAGAGAAGAUGUUAAGAGAUUAAAACGUCUUGCUGCUGCUGAUGCAAGACAAAUCAGGCAGCUAACAGCAUGGCAGCAGCAAAGGCAGCAGCAGCAGAGGCAGAGGCAGCAAGGGCAGCAGCAAGAGCAGCAAGAGCAGCAACAAGAGCAGCUGUCUUGUCCUGCUGCUGCUGCUGCAGCAGAUGCUGCUGAUACUUCCGCCGCUUUCGGGGCCGCAACUCCCGACUACGCUAGCAACAGCUGCAGCAGCAGCAGCAGCAGCAGCGCAGCAGCAGCAGCAGCAGAGAAGGGUGGAUAUCCUCAGCUGUCUGUCGAGAGUUUAGAUGAAGAUAUCUUUGGGGAGAACAUUCCCAAAGGGCAGCAGCAGCAGCAACAGCAGCAGCAGCAGCAGCAGCAAAAUGGAGGAGAGGGCCUGCAGCAGAGGACAGAAGACGGGCUGCAGGUGCAGCAGCAACUGCAGCAGGAAGAUCAUCAGCAACAGCUGCAGCAGCAGCUCGAGGGCAUGUUGCCGCAGGAGGCAGAGCAGCAGCAAAACGACCACCAGGAGCAGCAGCAGCAGCAACAGCAGCAGCUAGAGGAUGAGUUGCUGUCUUCUCUAGAGCAGGAGGAGAUGCAACAAUGUGAGCAGCAGCAGCAGCAGCAGCAGCCGGAAGGGCAGCAGCAGCAGCAGCCGGAAGGGCAGCAGCAGCAGCAGCAGCUGGAGGAUGAUUUGUUCUCAACCCUGCAGAAGGAGGAGGGACAGCAGCAAGAUACGAAGCAGCCGAUGCAGCAGCUGCAGCAGCAACAGCAGCAGCAGCAGCAAAUGGAUUUUGGCUUGCCGUCCCCUGUGUUGAAGGCAGAGAAGCAGCAGCAAGAUGAGCAGCAACAGAAGCAACUGCUGCAGCAGCAUUUGCAGCAGCAGCAGCAGCAACAGCUGCUGGAUUUUGGCUUGCCGUCUCCCGUACUUAAGGCAGAGAAGCAGCAGUGGGAGCAGCAGCAGAAGCAGCAGCUGCAGCAACUGCUGCAGCAGCAGCAACAGCAGGGUGGGUUGCUGCCUCCUCUAAUGAAGGAAGAGAAGCACCAGCAACAUGAGCAGCAGCAGAAGCAGCAGCUGCAGCAGCAACAGUCGCAGCAACAACUGGAGGACGAGUUUCUGUCACCCUUUCAGCAGGAGCAGCAGCAGCAGCAGCAGAAGGGUCAGCAGCAGCAGCAGCAAGGUCAGAAGCGGCUGCCGGAUCAGGAGCAGCAGCAAGAUCAGCAGCAGCAACAACAGCAGCAGCUGGAGGACGAGCUUUUAUCCUCUUUGCAGCAGGAGGAGGGGCAGCAGCAAAGUGAGCAGCAGCAGCAGCAGCAGCAGCAGCAGCAGCUGAUGGACGUUCUUGUGUCAUCGCUACCGCAGGAGCAACAGGAGCAGCAGGUGCAGCAGCAGCAGCAAGGCGUGCAGCAGGAGAAGCAGCAACACGAGCAACAAAGACAGCUGCAGCAGCAGCUCGAGGACGAGUUGCUGUCGCCUCUGCAGAACGAGCAGCAGCAGCAGCAAGAGGAGCAGCUGCAGCAGGAAAGACAACAGCAGGGCCAGCAGCAACAACAGAACGCGGCGCUGGAGCAGCAGCUGCUGCAAGAAACGCAGCAGCAGCAGCAGCAGCAGCGGGAAGACGAACAGAUGCUGACGGACAGGCCAGUGGCGCCGCCGCCGCCGCAGCAGCAGCAGCAACAACAACAACAGCAAAAUGAGCAGCAGCAGCAACAACAAGAUGAAUUGCUGCAGCGGGAAGGAGAGGAUAAUUCAAUGGUCCAGCAGCAACAGCAGCAGCAACAACAGCAGCAGCAGCAAGCUAAAGAACAGCUAACACAGCAGCAACUGGAGGACGAGCUGCUGCUGCCGCUGCAGCAGGAAGAGUUACAGAAGACUCAGCAGCAGGAAGAGCAGCUGCAGCAGCAGCUUGAGGACGAGCUGCUACUGCCGCUGCAGCAGGAGCAGCAGCAGCAGCAACUUGAGGAUGAGCUGCUGCUGCCGCUGCAGCAAGACAUGCUGCGGGAGCAGACGCAUGAGGCGCAGCAGCAAGAGCUGCUGCAGCAGCAGCUAGAGGAUGAGUUUGUGCUGCCGCUGCAGCAAGAGCAGCAGCAGCAGCAGCAGCCGAUUGGGGAGGGUGAGGUGCUGCUGCCCCUGCAGCUGCAGCAAGAGAAUCAGCAGCAGCAGCUACCUGUGUUGCGGCAGCCAAUGCAGCAGAAGAAGCAGCAAGUACAGCAACAGAAACAGCAGCAGCAGCAGCAGCUUGGUGAUGAGAAGCACCAGCAGUUGCUGCGCCAGCAGCUGUUGCGGAAGCAGCGGCGACAAUCACAGCAGCAGCAGCAGCAGCAGACUCAGAAGCAACAGCAGCAGCAGCAAAUUCUGCAGCAGCAGCAAGCUGAGGAGGCAGCGAGAUUGAAAAGGCGUCGUUGCGCAUCAAUAAGAGCAGCAACAGCAGCAGCAGCAGCAGCAGCACCUGCAGCAGCAGAUUUUGCAGCAGCAACAGCAGCAGCAGCAACAGCAGCAGCAGACGCGCGAGACAAACUGCUGCUGCUAGUAGAGAGCAGCAUUGCAGCAGCAGCAGCAGCAGAAUCCAAGGAUAGGAAGUGCUGCUGCUGCUACGCAUGGGUUAAGGGGAAAGCUGCCCCUAAAGUGCAUGCGGUGCUGCAGCGGCUGCAGCCACAGCAGCAGCAGCAGCAAGAUCGACCUGCUGCUGCUGCUCCCGAUUUGCUGCUGCUGCUGUGGCAGCCAAUACUUAAACGGGCUGCUGCUCUUCAAGCUGCAUACACCGCACGAACAGCAGCAGCAAAAACAGCAGCAAAAGCAACAGCAGCAGCAACAGCAGCAGCAAGUCCCUUGCUGCGGCUUCGUGUGCUGCUGGCGCAUAUUCUGCAGCAGGUAGCAUCAAUGCAACAGCCAAGGGGCGCAUGCACAGAGCAGCAGCAGGCGCUUCGUCAAGUCUUGUGUAUGUCCCUCGCGCUGGUGGAGGUCUGGCAGCGUGAGCAGCAGCAGCAACAGCAGCAGCAGCAGCGGUGCUGCGGAGGAGAGCAGCAGCAUAGUCGCUUGCUAUCUCAUCUGCGGGUAUUGCUGGUGCAGCGGCUGCGCUCUGUUGCUGCUGCUGCUGCUGCUGCAGCUAGUGCUUAG